CUGCUAACUGUCAUCGCGUACCAUUUUCGCGCGCAUUUCGAUGUUGAUAAUUGCGUUUGCCAAGCCAUUCGUUGCGUGUAUUUCUGCGUGCUGUUCUCGUUGGUACCGAGUAAAGUUUUGUUCAAAAAUUAAAAAUAUCUUUGUUGCGAGCACUGACAAACACUCUUAAUCACAAACAUGGCAGAAGACGAUCAACGCCUUGCUACUAUUCAGAAUGAGUAUCUCAACUUCCUUGACGAUGAGGAAGACCAGGGCACAUAUACGGCGCAUGUGCGAAAAAUGAUCAACGACAAAAGCAAGCGCUUGGUAGUAAACAUCAACGAUAUCCGUCGUAAGAAUCCGGCUCGUGCGCUAGCGUUGCUGAACAGCGCCUUCGACGAGCAACUGGCUUUUUCGCGCGCAUUGAAGGACUACGUGUCCUCCAUUGAUCUGAGCUACGCCAAGACGCAGGAAGAUUUUCAUGUGGCUUUUGAGGGAAGUUUUGGCAAUAAGCACGUAACGCCUCGUUCGUUAACUUCGCGCUAUCUGGGUAAUCUGGUAUGCGUCGAGGGUAUCGUAACGAAGGUAUCGCUUAUUCGACCCAAAGUGGUCAAGAGUGUGCAUUACUGUCCAGCCACCAAAAAGGUGAUGGAACGCCGUUACACCGAUUUGACGUCGUUUGAAGCCGUACCAACUAGCGCAGUCUAUCCGACGAAGGACGACGAUGGCAACCUGCUGGAGACGGAGUUUGGCCUGUCGGUGUACAAAGACCAUCAGACGCUUAGCAUUCAGGAGAUGCCUGAAAAAGCCCCCGCCGGCCAGCUGCCUCGCUCGGUAGAUGUGGUGUGCGACGAUGAUCUGGUCGAUCGCUGCAAACCGGGUGAUCGCGUUCAGGUAGUGGGUAACUAUCGUUGUCUGCCGGGAAAGCAGGGUGGAUACACAACGGGCACGUUCCGUACGAUUCUGAUCGCGAACAAUGUUUCGCAGCUGAACAAAGAAAGCACACUGAGCGUAACCCGUGAGGAAAUCAACAUGUGCAAAAAACUGGCGAAAAAUAAUGAUAUCUUUGAUCUACUUUCAAAGAGCCUGGCCCCAUCAAUACAUGGGCACGAGUUCGUUAAGAAGGCGAUCCUGUGUCUUCUGCUGGGAGGCAUUGAGAAGAAUCUGGCCAACGGAACCCGUCUGCGUGGUGACGUGAAUGUUUUGUUAAUUGGAGAUCCAAGUGUUGCCAAGUCUCAGCUCUUGCGCUAUGUGCUUAAUACCGCUCCACGUGCGAUCACGACGACUGGUCGGGGAUCGAGUGGCGUCGGUUUAACGGCGGCCGUUACGACCGAUCAGGAAACGGGAGAGCGUCGGCUUGAGGCGGGUGCCAUGGUUUUGGCCGAUCGUGGUGUAGUCUGCAUUGAUGAAUUUGAUAAAAUGAGUGACAUUGAUCGUACGGCAAUUCACGAGGUAAUGGAGCAAGGACGUGUGACCAUUUCUAAAGCGGGCAUACAUGCGUCACUAAACGCUAGAUGUUCCGUUCUCGCUGCUGCUAAUCCGGUCUAUGGACGGUAUGAUCAGUACAAGACACCGAUGGAAAACAUUGGACUACAGGAUUCGCUUCUCUCUCGAUUUGAUCUAUUGUUUGUUAUGUUGGACGUUAUCGACAGUGAUCAUGAUCGCAUGAUAUCGGAUCAUGUGGUGCGCAUGCAUCGCUAUCGUAACCCGAAGGAACAGGAUGGUGAUGUGCUUCCGAUGGGCGUAAGUGCCGUUGAUAUGUUAUCAACCAUCAAUCCGGAAUCGGCAGAGGACAAAGAAACUCCCAUGUAUGAAAAGUAUGAUCCACUGCUGCAUGGCUCGUCACGCAAACGUAGCGAUCAGAUAUUGUCGAUGGAAUUCAUGCGUAAAUACAUUCACAUCGCCAAAUGUCUUAAGCCGAAGCUGACUGAAACAGCGUGCGAGAUGAUCUCGAACGAGUACUCACGUUUACGGUCGCAGGAUUUGAUGGAUUCGGAUGUUGCCCGCACACAACCAGUAACGGCGCGUACUCUUGAAACGCUGAUUCGUCUAUCCACAGCCCACGCUAAGGCGCGCAUGUCACGCUCGGUUGCCGAACAGGAUGCUCAGGCAGCGAUCGAGUUAAUACAGUUCGCAUACUUUAAGAAAGUGCUGGAAAAGGAAAAGAAAAAGCGUCGUCGUGCGGAAGACGAUGAAUCGCUAGAUGAGGCAGAAGAGGAUGAAGAAGAAAUUCAGGAGGAACCAAGAUCACAGCAAAGUACGCGUCGUUCUAAGCGAACGCGCACGGAGCAACAUUCUGCCGAUGGUGAUGAUUCUGAUCACGAGGAUCUACUCACUUCUCCGCCGGAUCGAGGGGAUUUGACUCGACGAGCUACUAUCGGGGCGAGCGAAGGUUCAGCGGCGAUGGAUACGGAGGGAGGAGAGUCUGCUGAAGGUGAUGGUGUGGUCGCGAUCAGCGAGGGACGCUUAAAAUUGUUCCGCCAAGGUGUGUUUAUGGCGUUCAAACAUUUCCACGACCAGUCGGCACCGCUUGCAAGACUGACCAAGCACAUCAACGAGAAUAGUGGCGAUGAGGCAUUUACACCGGGUGAAAUUAAAGCUGCCGUGAAUCAGAUGACGGAAAGCAACAGCAUAAUGGUGCACGACGAUAUGGUGUUUUUAAUUUAAGGCGAUCAUUUUUUUUUAUCCAUUUCACAAUAUUUCUUCUCAUUACUGAUCUGUCAGCUGGGUACUAUUUUAAGUUGAGCAUGCUUUUUGAUUACUGAAUAAACAUGAAUGGAGUGUAAAUA